AGUAACAAUCUCGGCGACCCAAAAUUCCCUUUAUUCAAUUGUUAUGAUUUCCAGACAAAAGAUCCCUAAAAAACCCCACUCUUUACAGCCGCUUCAUUCUUGAACCCUCUCUCGAUCUCACUCCCUAUCUGGAUCUCAUUCCAUCGCACUCUUUCUUUCGAUCGAGCCACUCUCAAUCUCGUUGACCUUCUUGCUGCUUUCAUGCGCGUUCUCUCAAUCGGGUCAUCGACAUUCUCCCCUCCCAAGUCUUCUUCCCCGAUCGAUUUCAGUAAAACCCUCAAAAUCUUACACUUUACUGGUUCUUACUUCAUCGCCGGUCAUGAUCAAGGUUCAAGUGAAUGAAAGGUGAUGAUAUUCCAAUUAGCAUUAAAGGAGAUACCCCAUCUUUAAUCAUCACUUUUGUCAUUGAAAAGAAAACACAAAGGGGUUAAGAUAAUAACAAACACACAACACAAAAUGUCUGGAUUGAUUUACCACAUAUUCACAUCAUCAACAUUACUCUCAAUGGGACUUUACCACUUAAUCUGCACCACAAGAAACCAUCUAAGAUCCCCUAGAGAUUACUUCACAAAACCCUAUCAUCAAUUCACAUGGAAUUCUCAAUCUCAAUCUCAACAUUUCACAAGGUACCUUCAAAUUUACCUCUUAAUCCUCUGUCUUCUCAUCUCCUUCAUCCAUCAAACCACAGUCUCAUUCGAUUCAGACCCUUUAGUCAAAGGUCGUUCCCCUGUUCACCACUUCACCUCUCUCCAAUCUGCAGGUGUUAUUUUCCUCUUUCUCAUUCUCUCUCUAACUCUCCUCAUCUCAGAAACCACCUCUCUCCUCCCCUUCCCACCCGAUCUCUUCUUUGGAACUGCAUCUGCUCUCUUCUUCCUUCAAUACUCCACUUCUUCAUCUUCAGCCUCCUUACAAAUGUCUGAUCUUGAAGCAAAAUGUGACUCAGUUUCAGCCAUGAUUUCAGCUAUCUCUGCUGUGCUCUGUAUCAUACUCGCAUGCCACCCGAGACUCUUUGUUGCUGACGUGGCACUUGGGGCUUCGAUCUGUUUACAGGGGUUAUGGUCUUUGCAAACAGGGCUUUCUCUUUAUGUGGAUGCUUUUAUACCAGAUGGAUGCCAUAAGCUUCUUGAUGUUGUGAGUGGAGUUGAAGGGUCAACAAAAUGUGAUCUUGAAGAUUCUAAGUUGAGAGCUACUGCGAUUCUUGAUCUUGUGUUUGUGGUUUAUGUGUUGUUUGUGGUUCUCAUUUUGAUUGUGACUUAUGCUGUUACUGCUAAAGUUGUUGGAGUUAGGAGAUUUGGGAGUUAUGAGGCGAUUCCAACAUCAUCUGGAUCUUCUGUUGCUGAUCCUAAUCAUAUUCAGAUGAAGGCAUUGACUGGAACUCAAGCUUGAAUCUUGAAAUCUUGAAUCUUGAAUCUUGAAUCAUGAAUCUUGAAUCUUGAAUCAUGAAUCUUGAAUCUUGAAUCUUGAAUCAUGAAUCUUGAAUCUUGAAUUUUGAAUCAUGAAUCUUGAAUCUUAAAUCUUGAAUUUUGAAUCUUGAAUCUUGAUAGUGUCUUUCUUGAUUUAUUGUUAGUGGAAGUCUGGUAUUUUUUUGACAGGAUUUUUAAUGGAAUUAGUAGUGUAUACAAAGAAAUGAGUGAACUUUUUUUACCCCAUGUUGUUGAACUAGCUAUUUUGAAUGAUUAUGUUGACAAAUUAGUUAAUUCAAGAGAUCAACUUAUCAUUGUCUCUUUUGAA